AUGCUGACUUUGGGGCCUGGAAAGUAUGACGUCUUUCAGCAGUCUCGUCAGCUGCCAGGAUACCAGACCGUCAUGGUCGGACAGAUCCUGACAAACGAGACGGAUCCCUUGUUCUCGUGGCAGUAUAACGCAAGCGCCCCGUGUCCUAACGAGUGCUUCCGGGUUCCCAGCGCGACCAGGGGCGGGACCACAUGCUCCAACAUCACUGUAUCCAGGAGGGACUACGAGGCCCUGUGA